AUGCCUAACAAUUGGGCACAAUUUGUCGCCGACGAGCUCAGACUAGCAGCAGCAUCUCUGCAGUUGAAGCUUUCCCGUGGAAAGAACAUUGGAUACAUCAAUGGAUGCAUGUUAAUCCCUCAGAUUCACUACCUAGACAGCUUGGACUUUGGCAAGGAUUCUCCUCCCGACCACAUUCUUCCCCGGUUUGCUGCAUACAACGACGCCAUGGUCUGUAACCUGAUCAAACGGGAUAUAAUUCUGAAAAAUCGACUUCCUUUUCCGACAUAUGGUAAACUAAAGAUACGCAGUCCUCACAGCAUACGCUACGAGUCAGGACCAUGUGUGCACGCACCCCCUUGUACUCCUGUUUCUGGUAGAGUGUUCAACUCCCUCGUUAACUUGGAGACACCAAAAUUUGACAUGGGAUUGAGUCAACUUGAGCCCGGCGACAACACCACAGUGUGUAACCAAGUCACCCGAGUCACUGCAAACUUAUCGGCACAGUUUGACAUGGCAGCUGAGACAACCGUAGUGCCAGAUACACCAGAUCAACCUCAACAAGCUCCACAAUCAGAUUUUCCUGACCCUACUCCUACUUCCAUAUCGCCUCAUUCUUUACUGCAAGAGACGAGUGCAAUAAGGAUUUCUAUCCAUGAGGAAUGCGGUCUCCCGAAAGUACAACCCAAAACAAGGAGGAGAAUCAUUGGGGUACCAUCUGAUAUGCUUCUAGACGUACCAAAACGAGUAAUAAAACCAAGCAGAAUGGUGAAGUCCCCAUUUCUUUGCAAACAGUACCAAUGUGUCAGGCUUGAUGUCCAGGCACAAGAAGAUUUAUUCACAUAUACAAACUCAAUUUCUGCUGCCGACCAACUGAGAAAAAUUUGGCUACACAUAUCUGAUCCAGUCCCAAGGUUUCUAAAAUUGCAACAGAUACAAGAAGCCCUCGCAUUUGACGCUGAAAUGCAAGAUGAUGCAUUCAAUGUUGCUGUCCAAGCACUAUUCGAGGAUGAGGUGCACAGGUUCGGGGGAACAGAUUUCCUAGGCUGGAGGCACUUCUUGAAUCAAGAUUUCGCGGUACGUCACAUUUAG